AUGCCACAUGCGCUCAAGAAGCAAAGCUACGUACCAAUCCGAAGCUUUCACAUGCUGCUGCGACGACUGCGGUUCCCCAAGCAUGUGCAGGUGCGCCCUUGCGGGAGCGUGCAAGCUGCGGAGGCGUUGAGAAAAAGGCCAAUGAUGGCCUUUGGCAUCCUUGGCUUGGGCAUGAGCGCAACCGCGGCGCUUUCGAAACUGGUGCUCUACUACCACCAGCCCAGUCUCGAGGAUCAUCCGUCCUGGUGGGACGUUUGGACAGCGGAGCACCCUGCGGACAAGGUCUUUAAGGCUGCGGAUCUGGACGGCGAUGGCCACGUUGAUCGAAUAGAGCUGUGGCAUUACAUGAUGAGCCGCGGCAUCAUGGACAUGAGUGGAUUCAACGCAAUCUGGGCAGAGAUUUCCCAGACGGAGUCGGAGUCCAUCUCCCUCCAGGAGUUCCGCCACUUCCAUGACAACGCAGAGCGCAACUUCUAUCUGUGCCUUUGGCGGUCCCUGCUGGCUGACCCCACCUUCCUGGGCAGCGCGCUCUACUUGAGCGGCUCGGUGCUCUUCGCCACGAUGCCCUACUGGUCCCUGGCCAGCAAUGCCACCAUGAUGAAGAUGGGUCAGGUCUUCUAUAUCUUUGGUGGCGUGCUUUUCUUGUCGCAGACGCUCGUAGCCUGA